AUGCCAGACUCUAAUCUGCGCAGCCGCCAACAUCGAUCACAUGCGGUUCGACGUAAUGGGUCCUUGCAAUCGUGUGAGCCGUGUCGCAAAUCUAAAUUGCGAUGCGACCAUGAGAGACCAGUCUGCGGCCGAUGCUUGACUAAGAAUAUGGUAUCGGGAUGUUUUUAUCAUCCAGCACCGAUGACGAAGAAAGUGACUGGAGGCUCGACCAGGUCUGCCAGAGGCUCACGAGGAAGAAACAGCCAGUUAAUUGCAAGCUCGUCAACUACAGGAGCAGGCGGAGGGAGCGCUCUUCCAAGACAAAAUACUACGCUGGAGUCGGCUUCUGCUUCUCCUGGAUACUUGGGCUCGACGAGCUACUCAGCCAUUCUUGCGGAGCAUCGUCCCGAGUUCUCUCUCAAUGUAGAUAACAGCUCCAUGCCCACCACAUUGUCCCAAUCUAUGGAACCCGAACGACUCCAGACUGGAGUGCGGUUACUAAAGCUACUUCAAAACCUCACAAUAUGCGAUAGCUUAAUCCGGAGAUAUUACACCCGAGUCCUUGUUGCUGUCAUUCCAGAGAUCGUCACAAUGUCUAUUGUACGCUCCGCUCGGAAUGUCCUCGGGGCCCUUGAUUUCACCGAGGAUGUCGAAGAUCAGCUUCAGAACACAGUUCGAAAGGUGUCGCAGAAUACUUCCAGGCCAUUGUCAACCUAUCGUUCAAUGACAGUGGAGCAAUACUGUGCAGCGUUUACUGGGCAAAAUCUACGUUGGGAAGCUAUAGGCAUCAUCUUCGCAACUGCUGGAAUGUCGCUUUCAUCUACACCUGAGAGUGACCCAGAUCUAUACCAGGUGGCGGCGGACACCUCAGCCCGGGAGAGACUCCGCGCUCAGCUUGUCGAAGCGAGCAGCACCUGCCUCACUUUUAGCGACCAGGCUUCUUCAGUCAAUGAGCUAUUGGGCUUUUGCCAGUAUAGCAGCUUUGUACUUCUCACCCAUGUCUACGGUGACUCAAGCUACCAAGCCUGGCGUCGCCUCCGUGAAUUAUCCGCUACAAUUUAUGCGGCUGGACUUCACCAGGACAGCCCCAUGGACGAUAAUUGCCCUUUCUUUCUUCGUCAAUGGAGAAGAUCUUGCUUUGCUGCUGCCUUCUCAGCAGAUAAGAAUCAAGCCACAUUCGUGGGACGACCGCCAUCCAUUAACUACCGCUACAGCACCCUAACACCCCCACUGGACAUUAGCGAAAGAAGUAUAGUCCAUGGUGGGGAUGAGUUAAACGCGGCGAUCGCAAGAUUAGAUCGUUUCGGAUGGUCAGCCGAAGAUGAGGUCGAUCGAGCAAGUGUGCUCCGUCUUCGUUUCAUAUUGGCCGUAUAUAGAGAACGAGCUCUCGAGAUAGCCUUAGGGACCGGUGAGCACAGCGAUACGGUGCAGAAUUCUGAUGAAAUAAUAAAGCAAGCGCGGGAGUCGUGGGCAGUGUGCCCCGUCCGUCUCCGUUACGACGUGUCUGCGGAAGGGACCGAGUCGGGACCCCUAACAAAGUCGUUCACCUUGCUCCAUAUUUACCUGGACUACCUUUAUACUAUUUUCCUUUUGCAGAGGACUGUUGUUAAACGCGUAAACACCGGGCAUGAGGCUCUCUUUGAUACGUCACGAACAAUGUUGUCCAAUAUCAUUAAAGGCAACGCUGACAGUGACCCAGCCUUUGACUUGAGUAGACAUCGUGCUUGGGUUUUCCUUUACUACGGCCUCCCCAGUGCCAGCGUCCUCAUCCUCGAGCUCCUUCACCAAAACCAGGGAAUCGGUACAUACACUACUGCGUUACCGCGUGCUGAAAUCAUCCGAAAUCUGAGUGUUUUCAUCUCAUGCCUCUCCUGGGUAGCGCGACCGGGACAUGGCAAUUACCAUACGUGCAAGGAAGCGGAGAGGAAGUUGUCUCAUAUUCUUGACCAGGUUCUUGAUCCUCAGCCCAUCGAGGAUCUGGCUUUCCACGAUGCCACCUCUGGCCUGUACAGUCUCCUCGACUGGUACCAUCCCAGCAAUCCCAACAAUUGGGACUUCAACUCAGAGUAUCUACCUCCGCAAAACUGA